AUGGCGCGGAAGAAAGGCGCCAAGCGCGGGGACGAUAACGAGGACGAGGCGUCUGCAGCAGCGCCGGCCGUAGAGCAGGAAACCAAGAAGGGCGGUAAGGCCGCCCGGAAGAACCGCAAGGGGAGGGUCGGAGACGAUGACGACUACGAGCCUCCGCCUGAUGACGUGGCUGCAGCUGUUGACGACGUGGAUGACGAACCAGUCAAAAGCAAGGGUAAGGGCAAGAGUGGUGCGUCGGGGUUCGCCGCGUUGAUGGACGCAGAGAAUGGCGGAGCGGCGGAGGAUGCGGAGGAGGACGAGGAGGAGGAGAGGGCGAGGGGCGGGAGGGGCAAGGGAGGGAAGAAGGCAGGGCAGGGCGGAGGUGACGAGGACGAUGACGAGGAGGCGAGGGGAGGCGGGGGUGGCGGAGGGAAGAAGGGCGGCAAGAAGGGCAAGAAAGGCCGAAAUCGCCGCGACGACUUUGACGACGAUUUCGCCGACCCCGUUGCGGACGCCGCGGCGGAGGAGAACGACAAACCCGCCGCUAAACCCGAGGAGGGGGACAGCGAUGGGGCGGUGGGCCCAGGGUAUUUGGUGGUGGGGGAGAUAAAGUCGGUGCGCAAGGUAAAGAAGGCCGACAAGCUCAAGGCGUGCCUUGUUGACAUCGGUGGCGCGUCGCCCAUUCCGAUCGUGUGCGGUGGGACCAAUGUGCGCGCGGGACUGCGCGUGAUCGUGUGCCCCGCGGGGUGCGCCGUGCCGUCGACGGGCGCGGCGGUGAAGAAGGCGAGCAUCAAGGGCGAGGAGAGCCUCGGGAUGAUCUGCUCGCGCGCCGAGAUGGGGUGGGCGGACGCCGCCACCGAGGUCGUCGAGCUGGACGCACGCGCGUUCAGCGUGGGGGAUAAGGCGCCGCUGGAAGAUCCCGAUGGGGGGACCGGUGACGUGGCGGAGGAGGCGGAUGACGUGGCAAUGGCGUUCGCGGGGAAAAAGAAGGGGAAGAAGGGGAAGGGGGCUGCUGGCGGCGCUGGGCGACGAGGGGGUGAGGAGGACGAGGAGGAGAAGGAGGAGGAGAGGGAGGAGGAGCAGGAUGAGAUGGCUAUGGCGUUCAGCGGCAAGAAGAAGGCGAAAAAGGGCAAGAAGAAGAUGACCUCCGCGCAGCUCCACGCGCUCAUGGCGGAGGCCGACGGUGAGGCCGCGGAGGCGGCGGCGCAGGAGGCGGAGGAGGCAGAGGAGCGCAAGGAGGAGGAAGGGGGGAAGGGGAAGAAGGGGGGGAAGGCAGCGGCGGGGGAGGACGACAUUGACGCGCUGCUGAAGGAACUCGAGGCGCCCAAGGCGGGGGGCGGGGGGGGAAAGAAGAAGAAGAAGGAGAAGGAGGGGAAGAAGAAGAGUGGGCGCACAGCGGAGGAGGAGGCGGAGCUCGAUCGCAUCCUCGCGGAGCUCGACGCGCCCGCGCCCGCGCCCGCCCCUGCGGGGGGACAGGCACCCGCCGCCGAUGGGAAAGCGGAUAGCGCUGCUGCUGAGGUGCAGGCGGGCAAGGCAGACGCCGCCACUGCUGGUGAUGUUGCUGCAGAGGGGGAAGGGGAGGAGGAGGAGGCAGGGGGAGGCGGUGGAGGGGCGGAGUCCGCUGCAGCAAAGAAGAAGAAGAAAAAGAAGGAGAAGGAGAAGGCCGCCAAGGCCGCCGCCGCCGCUGCUGCUGCUGCUGCUGCUGCUGCAGGCGCGAAGGAGGAGGAGGCGGCAGCGGAGGGCGCGGGGAAGGCGGUGGAUCUGAAGAAGCUGCCGAAGCACGUGCGCGAGAUGCAGGAGCGGCUGGCGCGGCUGAAAGAGGCGGAGGAGAAGCGCAAGCGCGAGGAGGAGGAGCGCGCGCGCAAGGAGAGGGAGGAGGAGGAGCGACUGGCGGAGCUGGAGAGGCAGCGCGAGGAGGCGAAGCAGCGGCGCAAACAGAAGGAGAAGGAGAAGAAGGAGCAGCUUAAGAAGGAGGGGAAGCUGCUGACGGGCAAGCAGAAGGAGGAGGCGAAGCGGCUGGCCGUCAUGCGCGAACAGCUGCUGGCGCGCACUGGGGGCGCGGAGGGUGAUGAGGGCGCGGGGGCGGGCGGUGGGAGGAAGCGCGGCGGCGUGUUUGACCGGCGGAAGAAGGGGAAGCAGCAGCAGAAGCAGGAGGGUGGAAAGGAGGAGGGGAAGGAGGAUGCGGAGGGGGGUGAGGAGGAGGAGGCGAAGGUGGAGGAGGGUGGGGAUGGGGGUGUGGUGGAGAGUGUUAGUGAGGCUGUGGAGAAAGUGGACGAAGCAGCAAAGGAGGAAGAGAAGGAGGAGAAGGAAGAGGAGAAGAAGGCGGAGGUGAAGGAAGAGAAGGAGGAGGAGGAGGAAGAGGAGGAAGAGGAGGAGGAGGACUGGGAUGCAAAGAGCUGGGAUGCGGAGGAGGUGAAGAUUCCCAAACUCAAGGGCGCGUUUGACGAGGAGGAAGAGGAGGAGCAGCAGCCGAGUGCCGUUGCUGCUGCCGCUGCUGCUGCCAAACCUGCUGCCAAGGCCAAGUCGGCAGACGGCGCUUCUAAGAAGGCCGCUGCUGCUGCUAAGGCGAAGGGUAAAGCAGCAAAUGGCAAGGGGAAGGUGGAGGAGGAGAGUGAGGAAGAGGAGGAGAGCGAGGAGGAAGACGAAGAUGAGGAGAAGAACCUGCGGUCGCCCAUCUGCUGCAUCCUGGGCCACGUGGACACCGGCAAGACCAAGCUGCUGGACUGCAUCCGCCGCACCAACGUGCAGGAGGGUGAGGCGGGCGGCAUCACGCAGCAGAUUGGCGCCACCUACUUCCCCAUGGCCAACAUCCGCGAGCGCACGCGCGAACUCAAGGCAGACGCGAAUCUGCGCGUGCCGGGGCUGCUCGUGAUUGACACGCCUGGGCACGAGUCGUUCACGAACCUGCGAGCACGCGGGUCAGGGCUGUGUGACAUUGCUAUUCUGGUGGUGGACCUCAUGCACGGACUGGAGCCGCAGACCAUUGAAUCGCUCAACCUGCUCAAGAUGAGGAAGACGCCCUUUGUUGUUGCCAUGAACAAGGUGGACCGCAUAUACGGGUGGAACGCCACGCCCAAUGCGCCCAUCCGCGCGGCGCUCAAGAAGCAGACGAGAGACGCCAUCCUCGAGUUCGACCGCCGCACCGACCAGGUGAUGCUGGAGCUCAAGGAGCAGGGGCUCAACGCGGCGCUCUACUACAAGAACCCCGACGUGCGCAAGUUCAUCUCAAUCGUCCCCACCUCCGCCAUCAGUGGCGAGGGCGUGCCGGACCUGCUGCUGCUGCUGGUGCAGCUGACGCAGAAGCUCAUGGAGGAGCAGCUCAUGUACGUGGCCAGCGUGCAGUGCACCGUGCUGGAGGUCAAGGUCGUGGAGGGGCUCGGCACCACCAUUGACGUCGUGCUCGUUAAUGGCGUGCUGCAUGAAGGGGAUCAAAUCGUUGUGUGCGGCCUGCAGGGUCCCAUAGUGACAACCAUCAGAGCGCUGCUGACGCCACACCCCAUGAAGGAGCUGCGAGUCAAGGGUUCGUACAUGCACCACAAGGAGCUGCGGGCGGCGCAGGGCAUCAAGAUCACGGCGCAGGGGCUGGAGCACGCAGUAGCAGGCACACAGCUGUACGUGGUGGGGCCGGAGGACGACGUGGAGGAGCUCAAGGAGGAGGCCAUGGCGGACGUGAAGGGCGUGCUGGCGCGCGUGGACAAGAGCGGCGAGGGCGUGAGCGUGCAGGCGAGCACGCUGGGGUCGUUAGAGGCGCUGCUGGAGUUCCUCAAGAGCCCGGCGGUGAAGAUCCCCGUGUCGGGCAUUGCCAUUGGGCCGGUGCACAAGAAGGACGUGAUGCGUGCGAGUGUGAUGCUGGAGAGGAAGAAGAAGGAGUAUGCUGUCAUCCUCGCCUUCGAUGUCAAGGUAUCAACGGAGGCGAGGGAGAUGGCGGAGGAGCUGGGAGUGCGCAUAUUCACAGCGGACAUCAUCUACCACCUGUUUGACCAGUUCACCGCAUACAUGGCGGGCGUCAAGGACGACAAGCGUGCGGAGGCGGCGGAGGAGGCGGUGUUCCCGGUGGUGCUCAAGAUCCUGCCCAACUGCAUCUUCAACAAGAAAGACCCCAUCGUACUCGGCGUUGAGGUGCUGGACGGCAUUGCCAAGGUGGGCACGCCCAUAUGUGUGCCAGGGCGGGAGUUCAUAGACAUAGGCAAGAUCGCAUCCAUGGAGAAGGACCACAAGAUGGUUGAAACUGCCAAGAAGGGCCAGGCCGUCGCCAUGAAGAUCGUGGGGGUGAAUGCGGAGGAGAUUCAGAAGUCAUACGGGCGGCACUUUGACAGCGAUGACGAGUUGGUCAGCCGCAUCACACGCAACUCCAUCGACCUCCUCAAAGAGAACUACCGCGACGACUUGAGUCGAGAGGAUUGGAUUUUGGUGGUGAAGCUCAAAAAGCUCUUCGACAUUCCCUAG